AAGCAGCCGUGUGCUGGGAAAUGGGUUCCCGGACUUCCCCAAAGCUUAUUCAUUGCACCUCCUCCCCUCCUAGAUAUUAAAAAGGCACCAGAGCUGCGCUGCCUGCUCCAAUUGGGAACCACAGCAGCCCUAGAGCCAAUCAAUGACAAGACGUGAGUGAGAAGGUCCGCUGCAGAGCGGAGACUGACCCCUAUGUGACAGUUCUGGGGGUCCAUAUAGUCAAGAGAGGAAGAGCUUUCAGCUGAAUAGUUGGAGAAUUAGAAGAAUCAACUUUUCCUAUUCUGUUCUGUUGGCUCCGAAGGUGAAGCUUUCUGGGAGGGCGACGCACGAUGGAGCACUGGAGAAUAUUGUUGCUGACACUACUGAUGGCUCUGGUUCUGCCGGCCAUAGAGGGAAGUGUCCUGUCCAAACAGCGUAUGAAAGGCAGAUUUCAAAGGGACCGUAGAAAUAUCCGCCCCAAUAUCAUCCUCGUCCUGACCGACGACCAAGAUGUGGAACUUGGCUCCAUGCAGGUGAUGAAUAAAACAAGGAGGAUCAUGGAACAAGGAGGCACCCACUUCAUCAACGCAUUUGUAACAACUCCAAUGUGCUGCCCGUCACGCUCCUCUAUCCUCACCGGGAAGUACGUCCAUAACCACAACACCUACACCAACAAUGAGAACUGCUCCUCCCCGUCCUGGCAGGCCCAACAUGAGACGCACACCUUCUCUGUGUAUCUCAAUAACACCGGUUAUAGGACAGCUUUCUUUGGCAAAUACCUCAAUGAAUAUAACGGCACCUACGUCCCCCCCGGCUGGAAAGAGUGGGUCGGACUGGUGAAAAAUUCUCGUUUUUACAACUACACCCUCUGCCGCAAUGGAAUUAAGGAAAAACAUGGCUUUGACUAUGCCCAGGAUUACCUGACGGAUCUCAUCACAAACGACAGCAUCAGCUUCUUCCGAACGUCCAAAAAAGUCUAUCCUCACCGGCCCGUUCUGAUGGUCUUGAGUCACGUGGCCCCACACGGUCCAGAAGAUUCUGCCCCUCAGUAUUCCCAGAUGUUUCCGAACGCAUCCCAACACAUUACCCCAAGUUAUAACUACGCCCCAAACCUAGACAAGCACUGGAUAAUGCGAUACACUGGCCCAAUGAGGCCCAUCCAUAUGGAAUUCACCAACAUGCUGCAGCGGAGACGGCUCCAGACUCUCAUGUCUGUGGACAACUCCAUGGAGAUGGUUUACAACAUGCUGGUUGAAACUGGGGAACUGGAAAACACCUACGUCAUUUACACCGCUGACCACGGGUAUCACAUCGGGCAGUUCGGAUUGGUCAAAGGAAAAUCAAUGCCUUACGAAUUCGACAUCCGAGUUCCCUUCUACGUCCGUGGACCAAAUGUGGACGCAGGAUCUUUGAAUCCCCACAUUGUACUGAACAUUGAUCUGGCACCUACAAUCCUAGACAUCGCCGGCCUGGACAUUCCACCAGAAAUGGACGGCAAGUCGAUUCUGAAACUGUUAGAGACUGAGAGACCUGUCAAUAGGUUUCACGUUCACAAGAAAGGCAAGGUUUGGAGAGAUUCAUUCCUGGUGGAAAGAGGUAAGCUGCUGCACAAGAGGGACAACGACAAGGUGGAUGCCCAGGAAGAGAAUUUUCUGCCCAAAUACCAACGGGUCAAAGAUCUGUGCCAGCGGGCCGAAUACCAGACCGCCUGUGAACAGCUGGGGCAGAAAUGGCAGUGUGUGGAGGAUCCGUCCGGCAAACUGCGGCUCCAUAAGUGCAAAGGAAUGGCGGGACUCGCGGCAACGCCGAACGUCAGAAGGAAAUCUCCGAACCUCAUGUCCAACUACUUCACCUCCAGCAGCGACGAGUGCAACUGCCCCAGUCUGGGCUACAAGCUGACCCCCCUCGGCCGACGCAAGAAGCUGAUGGCCAAGAAAAAGUACAAGGCGACUUACCUAAAGAAUCGCUCCACGCGGUCUGUGUCCAUUGAGGUGGAUGGAAAAGUGUUUCACGUGGGCAUUGAGCAGGAGUACCAGCCAAUCAUGAGGAAUGUUACUAAGAGGCAAAUGUCGGGCCUGGAUGAUGAUGAGGACAAAGACAUGGAAGAUUACAGUGGAACGGGAGGACUCACCAAUGAUCUCAUUGUUCCCAGUUCCAUUAAAGUAACUCAUCGGUGCUUCAUUCUGGCCAAUGACACGGUGCAGUGCGACAUGGAUCUGUACAAAUCGCUGCAGGCCUGGAAGGAUCACAAGCUUCACGUCGACCACGAGAUUGAAACAUUACAGAGUAAAAUAAAGAACCUGAGAGAAGUCAGAGGACACCUGAAGAAGAAGAGGCCGGAGGAGUGUGACUGUAGCAAAAUCAGUUACAUCAAAAAUGGAAAAAUGAAACACAAGGGAACGAUGAUGCACCCGUUCAAGAAAUCCCUGAAGGAAAAGGACCAGGUCUGGCUCCUACGUGAGCAGAGACACAAAAAGAAACUGCGGAAACUGCUGAAGAGACUGAAGAACAACGACACUUGCAGCAUGCCCGGCCUCACCUGCUUCACUCAUGAUAAUCAGCACUGGCAGACUGCCCCCUUCUGGACGUUGGGACCGUUCUGCGCCUGCACCAGCGCCAACAACAACACCUACUGGUGCCUGAGGACCAUAAACGAAACGCACAACUUCCUGUUCUGUGAAUUCGCCACCGGUUUCCUGGAGUAUUUUGACCUGAACACGGACCCAUAUCAGUUGAUCAAUGCAGUGAACACAUUGGAGCGGGAUGUUCUGAACCAGUUGCACGUGCAGCUCAUGGAGUUGAGAAGCUGUAAAGGUUACAGGCUGUGCAACCCCAGGACACGGAGCUUGGAGCUGGGAUUCAAAGACGGCAGUUUUGAGCAGUACAGGCAACUGCAGCGGAGAAAGUGGCCCAAAAUGAAGAAACCUUCCUCUAAAUCCUUAGGCCAACUAUGGGACGGAUGGGAAGGCUAAAGCUCCAAGCAGGAGAUAUCGCAUAGAUUUUGAUUUGGACAUGUUUGAAGACCAACCCUUGAGAUUGCACAAACUUGAAGACCAACCCUUGGGAUUGUGGGUGAGACUCUACAUUUUGAGGAGGACUUAUGGGUUAUAUAGUUUGGCCUGUUGUGUUUUUAUUGGACUCAUUGCAGUAUGAGAGGAGCUGGUUCCUCUCUGAAUGUCCACAACUAAAAAAAAAGCUGCUUUUGUGCCCCAUACAAUCUGGGUGCUGGUGACAAUGUUCUUCCAUCUAAAGCACCCGAGACAAGAGGCCCCAAUCUUUGUGCUUCAGCUUCUAAGUAAAGACAAGACUUGUACUAGGAUCAACCUUACUCCAGAUCACAGUAUACAGAAAUACAACAGCCCAAUCUUUAUAAAGGACCACUCUUCUUCUCACAAGGGGGUAAAGGCCCUCAACCAGGCCAAGGUUUACUAACGAAGACUUACUGUAAAUAUAAAGCGGUGGCCAAAAGCCCGACGGACAACGUGUAGACAGAAGUUCAUUGUGAAAUCACGGGAGCAGUGAAACUCUCAGUAUGAAAUUGUUACUUACUUGUUGCAUAAUAAAAUUUCAUAACUGAUCGACUUUAAA